GGGACGCUUCGACGACAACAACAGGGUUGCUGAUUCAUCUCCGUAGUCUGCUAGCCAGCACAAAAUCUAAAUAUUUAACCACUUUAGAUUUUAAAAAAUGUGUGUAGCUACCUGAAUCUCAGUGUUUUAAACACAAUUAUGUAAGCGUAUCAAGAAGUUGAGUUAAACGUAAUUUGCAAAUGUGUUAAGAUUGAUAGCUACUGAGCUUAGCACUAGGCUAGUCGCAAAUGCUAGCUAGCUAACAUCCCCGACCAUGAGCUCACAAAGCUACUCCCUUCCUGCUAAAGAAGAGGUCUGCUGGACGGAGAUAGAAGUUGCAGUGAAAGAGGAGAGGGAAGAGGAGGCUGUCACAGUAAAACAAGAAGUAGAGGAUGAGGCUGUUACAGUGAAAGAGGAAGACGUGUCAGUGAAAGAAGAGGAAAAUGCUUUCAUAGUGAAAGAGGAGGCGGAAGAGAAACAAGAGGACGCAUGUUUUGUUGAGGAGGAGAGGACUGUUACGGCGAAAGAAGAGGAAGACGUUUUUGGAUUGAAGGAGGAGGAGAUUCCUGUCACAUUGGAGGAAGAAGAGAGGACUGGAGAUCUGAUUAACACCGGAAAGAGACCAGACUCAGAGGAACCAGAGGCAUCCAAACCAGCAAGACCACACCACUGCUCUCAGUGUGGAAAGAGUUUUACUAAGUUAGGGAACCUGAAAGACCAUGAAAGAAUACACACAGGAGAAAAGCCCUACCAAUGUUCCCAGUGUGGAAAGAGUUUUACCCAUUUAGGAAGCCUGAAAUCACAUAAGAUAAUACACACAGGAGAUAAGCCUCAUCACUGCUCCCAAUGUGGAAAGGGUUUUACCCAGUUAAGACACCUGAAAAAACACGAGAUAUUGCACUCAGGGGAGAAGCCGUACCACUGCCCCCAAUGUGAAAAGGGAUUUUCCUCAUCAGGGUGCCUGAAAUCACAUGAGCGGACACACUCAGGAGAAAAGCCUUACCACUGUUCCCAGUGUGAAAAGAGUUUUAGCUGGUCAGGGCAACUGAAAGAGCAUGAGCGAACACACACUGGAGAGAAGCCGUACCUCCACUGCUCCCAGUGUGGAAAGAGUUUUACCCACUUAGGAAACCUGAAAAUGCAUGAGACAAUACACUCUGGAGAUAAGCCUCACAAAUGCUCUCAAUGUGGAAAGAGUUUUAACCGGUUAUAUAACCUCAAAGUACAUGAGAGGACACACACAGGAGAAAAGCCUUAUCACUGCUCCCAGUGUGAAAAUAGAUUUUCCUCAUCAGGGUCCCUGAAAUCACAUGAGAGGGCACACUCAGGAGAAAAGCCUUUCCAAUGCUCACAUUGUGAAAAGAGUUUUACCCAGUUAGGGAGUAUGAAAAUACAUGAGAGAACACAUACAGGAGAAAAGCCCUGUGUGGAAAGAGUUUUACCGAUGUAGGGAACCUGAAGACACAAGAUAACACACACAAGGGAUAAAUAGCCUUCCCACUUCUCCCACUGUGAAAAUCCACACCUGAAAAAGCAUUAUCAAUACUCUGUGAAAAGCUAUUUACCCAGUUAGGAGACCUGAAAGACCAUGAGGGAACACAGAGGAGAUGCCUUACCACUGCUGUCAGUGUCAAGGCUCAGGAUAAGACCCAGAUGCAGACAGUUUCGAAGUAACAGAAGUUUUUAUUAUGAAAACAGGGAGGCAGGCAAACGACAUGUCAAGGGCAGGCAAAGGCCAGUAGUCCAGAACAGAGUUCGAAAGAUACAGAACGGCAGGCAGGCUCAAGGCAGUCAAAAACCGAGAAAACAGGAACUAGAGACAGAUAGGAGCACAGGAAAAACCGCUGGUAGGCUUGACGAAACAAAAACUAACUUGCAACAGACAAACAGAGAACACAGGUAUAAGUACACUGGGGAGGAUGGGUGACACCUGGAGGGGGGUGGAGACAAGCACAAAGACAGGUGAAACAGAUCACGGUCCCGUGUGGCUCAGUUGGUAGAGCAUGGUGUUUGCAACGCCAGGGUUGUGGGUUUGAUUCCCACGGGGGACCAGUACGGAGAAAAAAUUUAUGAAAUGUAUGCAUUCACUACUGUAAGUCGCUCUGGAUAAGAGCGUCUGCUAAAUGACUAAAAUGUCAAAUGUAACUUAAAAUUCAUGAGAACACACUCCCUUUGUCUUAUUUUUUAAUGAAAAUGUAUGAUUUUGUUUGUGCCAUAUGAAAUCAAAAUUGGAUAACGCCUGCUCAAAAAUAAAUGUGUAUGUCGUUUGCUAUUUUAUUUUCUCAAGACAUGAAUUGAAUGUAUACAGUAGUACAUCAGAUUCAAUGUACAGGCUUACUGUGAUUAAAUGGUCUGUGUGAGUUCAAUGUACACGCUUACUGUGAUUAAAUGGUCUAUGUGUUU